CGAUACUACUAAUAAAAACUCCUAAUUAAUUGACAGGAAAUUAAAGCACGAAAUAUUUCACUAGCGCCAAAUCAGCAAUACAUAAUUGGUAGCAAAGAAUGCAUGCACACACAAUCUAUGGAUAUGGUGGGUGAACUUUUUACGUGCAACUACUGAACUACGUACGGCUGUAUAUAAAUAAGGGCUGCUACGCCAUUUUCAUGCAUUCAACACGUACAAAUAUAUACAUAUAUAGACUGUAUCAUUAUUCCUUUCUCAUUACAGCCAAUAAUAUACUCCGUAUUCCGUAUAUAUAUAAAUACGCGUCAAACCAAAUUAUUUAUAAUUAGUUUAGAUAAACAAUUUAAAAUCACGAUGACGGCUAUUCCGGGAGCUGGACGGAUUCCGCCGGUUGUGGGAUUCGUAUUAUUAUUGUUGGGACUGGCGGUGAUGUCGGCGCCGUCAGGUGUCGCCGCCGCUAACUUCAACAACGAGGUGGAUAUUACGUGGGGAGAAGGGCGCGCAAAAAUAGACGGACAAGGGCUGGUGCUGACGCUGUCGCUGGACAAGGCUUCCGGCUCCGGUUUCCGGUCAAAGAAUCAGUAUAUGUAUGGGAAGAUUGAGAUGAAGCUCAAACUUGUGGCCGGUAACUCUGCCGGCACGGUCACGACUUUCUACUUGUCUUCAUUGGGAUCGACGCACGAUGAGAUUGACUUUGAGUUUCUAGGGAACGCAAGUGGGGAUCCUUACGUUCUUCAUACUAAUGUCUUCACGCAAGGGAAGGGCGGAAGGGAACAACAGUUCUACCUUUGGUUUGACCCAACUAAGGACUUCCACACCUACUCCAUCCUUUGGAACCCCGAAAGCAUCAUAUUUACGGUAGAUGGGACACCUAUUAGGCAAUUCAAGAAUUUAGGAUCAAGUGGGAUCCCAUACCCAAAAGACCAACCAAUGUGGGUGUACGGAAGCCUUUGGGAUGCAGAAGAGUGGGCCACAAGAGGUGGGCUGGUGAAGACUGACUGGAGCCAAGCCCCAUUUGUAGCCUCAUACAGUAACUACACGGCCCAAGCCUGUGUUUGGAGCGGCCCAUCAUCAAGUUCUUGCUCCAAAAACCCAUCAGCCAAUCCGUGGCUGGUUGAGUCGCUAGAUAACAGCGGGCAAGAGAGAAUCAAAUGGGUGCAAAAGAAUUACAUGGUUUACAACUAUUGCAGUGAUGCCAAACGCUUCCCCCAAGGCUUCCCGCCAGAAUGCUCACUGAAUUCAUGAUUCAAACUGCUGAUUCUAUAUAAAUAAAUAUGUAUACACCACACCUUAGGUUAUGAGGUUUUUAAUUUGUAACUUGUUUUCUUUUCUUGUUUGUGUGUGUUGUUCCAUUGUGUUAUAAAGUCGUAUAUAUAUGUAAAUAGAAUGUGUUUUAGUUUAUUCAUACAUAAUAAAUGCUAUAUAUUUCUCCAAAAGAAAAUUGAAUUCUGUCCCGCCCUAACAGUUCAAUAAUACUACGUAGAUGUUCACAUUUCUAAA